UUGCCUUCAUUCUCGGUGCUUCAGUUGAGUGCAAAGAAGUUCUUUGCUGAUUUUUCUUUCUCUACGCAGUCCUUGGUUGGUUUGGUCGUCGGAUGAUACUGUAACUUGCUUCUCAUAGGCCCGUCUUUGGUGUUCUACAGGGGUAAAUCUUGCGCCCCUCUACUACGACAAGUUCGCCCACACACGGAGUGCCCAACUUUGGUGGAAAUCAUGUGCGGAAGACAUCUGUCCGUUGAACAAAAAGAGUCGCAUCUGAUUGUCCAGGGCUAGUUAAGUUUUUACGUGAAUUUUGAACCCACUUGGGCUUUCGUCGACUUCCCAUUGGCCGCCAAUCAAUCUGGUUUUCAUUGGGUUGUACGGCUCAAUCGUUUCUGAGCGAUUUUCACGACUAGAAAUUAAUCAACCUCUGCAUUCAACAUGAUUUAAAUCGUUUGGUGAUGAUCUUAACAUCAAUGAAUAGGCUCUGCAAGUGCUUCCGAUGUGCUAAAAGCAAACAGGACCAGUGAUCAAGGGAUAGUUGAUUCCACAAGUGGUUGUCCUUCAAACUUGAACAACAUCUCUCUGGUCUGCUCAAUCUUGAGGGUGGUUCAACAAGGAGAGGGUGAUCAGGCGACGUUAACAUAGAAUCUCCAACUUCUUACCCUCCCUCUUCUGAGAGGGUCUGAACUAUUUAUUCAGCUAGGAAACGUGCAAAAUGGCGUAUUUAGCACGGACAUUGGGAGUCAUUCUUGGCGUGGUGAGUUUCUUGGUGCUCUCGGAAGCGACCUUAAGUCAGAGUCGAUCACAAAACAGAAAUCUUCAAAGAGUUAUCAGACAUGACACGAUCGUCGUGGUGCUUCAAGGGGUCCGAGAAAGGACCAUCAACUCCGUUCAACCAGAUCCUAUUUUGCUCAUCAAUUUCCCGGAAAUUGAUAACCAGUUCAAGAUCCAUUUAAUGGAAGACACAAGUACUCUGAAACUUACGCUCAAACACGAGGAUGGAACUUGGUGUGAGGACAUUGUGAUGCCUGAACUGAAACUGUUGAGAGACGAUGAUGAGGAUGAUCAUCUGGUGAUUGAAAUCUCUCAGCGAAAGGGCGAAGAAGCUGGAUCCGAUAUCACGUUCUACUUCAGUUGUGUUCCAAAGGGGCGGAUUCAUAUGCCCUUUACCUUCAGAGAGCUCCAGGAGAAGGUGAAAUACUCCAAGGUCAAGAUGUAUCAUGGUGAUGACUUGGAUCUGGAGGUUCAUGGAAAAGUAAUCAUUGAGGAUAUUUUGGAGGAUUUAGAUUGUCCAGUGGAACGUAUGCAAGCGCAGCAACCUCGACAAGGAAAUGAUGAUCUUUACUCAUAUCGAAGGGGCGAUAUUCCCAUCUUUAAUUUUGACGACGCUGACCGAAUCCUCAUUGCCACUCUCCAGGAGCUCAUUGAAGCUCUGAAGAAACUAAGAGAAGAGAUCAAAUUCCAAAAAGGCGAAACCACCAUGUUGAGAGAGGCCUUGCAAGAGUGCAAGGCAUGCCAAAUAAAGCGCCCUGAAUGUAGUGAUGUCCCUCCUCCUUGCUUUCAAGGAGUCAUUUGUCGGGACACUGCCGACGGUCCAAUUUGUGGACCUUGUCCCAGUGGCUUCACGGGAGAUGGCCGGUUUUGUGAAAGAGAUGCCUGCUCCAGUCAACCUUGUUAUACUGGGGUCCAAUGCUUUGAAAGAGCUGAUCCUCCAUACUUUCGGUGUGGACCAUGUCCUCAGGGCUACCGAGGUGACGGCCAAACUUGCCUACCGGACGCUUGCCAAGUCCGUCCACCACCCUGUUAUCAAGGUGUGGAGUGUUUCAACAUUGAAAGACCACCCUAUUACCGCUGUGGCGCUUGUCCUGCUGGAUUAUCUGGAAAUGGCACCUCGUGCUCGGAUCUGGACGAAUGUGAUUUGGCUGAUCCUUGUGAUGUGGCUGUUACUUGUUACAACACCAUUCCUGGCUUCAGAUGUGGACCGUGUCCCCCAGGAUACACUGGCAGUGAUGGAUUCACCGGUGUGGGAUUGGACUUUGCCUCUAGACAACGCCAAGUGUGUUAUGAUAUCAAUGAAUGUUCCAUGAACAACGGUAAUUGCGUACAGAACUCCCGGUGCGUAAACACUGAUGGGUCGUUCUAUUGCGGACCUUGUGCCCGUGGUUAUGUGGGAAAUCAAAAUGAAGGAUGUUCAAACCGACCUGGAGUAUGUCCCGAUGGAACUGUCUGCGACGAGAACGCUGAAUGCCUAAAGCCACAGGGAUUAGGAUACUAUAUAUGUAAGUGUAAGGUCGGAUGGGCUGGAGAUGGCAAAAUUUGUGGUCCUGAUCGAGACCUGGACGGCUGGCCAAACCGAGAUCUCCCUUGUCAAGAUAUCAAAUGCCGACGGGACAAUUGUCCAGACACUCCUAACUCGGGUCAAGAAGACUCUGAUGGGGAUGGUAUUGGAGAUGCUUGUGAUGAUGAUGCUGAUAAUGAUGGAAUCCCAAACACUCCCGACAAUUGUCCUUUGGUGGCUAACCCUGAUCAAGCUGAUACUGAGACUGACGGAGAUGACAAGCGCGGCGAUGCUUGUGACAACUGUCCAUUCCUUCCUAAUUUGGAUCAAGAGGAUGCCGAUAAUGAUGGACUAGGUGAUGCUUGUGACCCUGAUAUGGACAACGAUGGUGUUAUUAAUGAAAGGGACAACUGUCCAAAGACCCCUAAUUCUGACCAAAGGGACUCUGAUAACGACGGAUUAGGUGAUGCUUGCGAUAAUUGUCCCAAUGAUCCUAAUCCUGAUCAAGCUGAUGAUGAUGAAGAUACCUUUGGCAACGUGUGUGACACCAAUAACGACAUUGACAGGGACGGUAUCCCAGACCCCAUCGACAAUUGUCCCACUCUUCCCAAUGCGGAUCAACUGGACACUGACGACGAUGGCAUGGGAGAUGAGUGCGACCCUGAUGCUGAUAACGAUGGUAUUCCUAACAACCGCGACAAUUGCUGGUUGGCCUAUAACCCUCAGCAAAUUGAUUCUAACCGUGACGGACGUGGUGACAUUUGCCAAGACGAUGAAGAUAUUGAUGGCACUGUAGAUUUCUUGGAUAAUUGCCCUAACAAUUCCAAGAUUUACGCCACUGACUUCCGAACCUACCAGACUGUUGUAUUGGAUCCUCAUGGCGACUCUCAAAUUGAUCCCAAUUGGGUCAUUUACAACAAAGGAGCGGAAAUUGUUCAAACCAUGAACUCUGACCCUGGCUUGGCUGUCGGCUUCCAUCGUUUUGGUGGGGUUGACUUUGAAGGAACAUUCUUUGUGGACACUGAGAUUGAUGACGAUUACGUAGGAUUCAUAUUCUCAUAUCAGGACAACAAUCAAUUCUACACUGUAAUGUGGAAAAAGAAUACUCAAACAUAUUGGCAGGCCACCCCUUUCCGUGCCGUGGCCGAACCCGGAAUCCAAUUGAAAUUGGUCCAAUCCGAGACAGGUCCGGGGCAAAUGAUGAGGAAUGCCAUGUGGCACACCGGGGAUACGGAUAAGCAAGUCAAGCUGUUGUGGAAAGACCCCAGGAACGUCGGGUGGAGAGAGAAAGUGGCCUACCGUUGGUUGCUUCUCCAUCGCCCCAAGAUUGGCCUCAUCCGGCUCCGCAUCUUUGAGGGAGAAAAUAUGGUGGCUGACUCUGGCAAUGUGUUUGAUGGUUCCCUCAAGGGUGGAAGGCUGGGCGUAUUUUGCUUCUCACAAGAGAUGAUCAUUUGGUCAGAUUUGGUUUACCGUUGCAAUGACCACGUACCAGAGACAAUUUACUACGAGCUGCCUGAAAGGAUCCGGGCCAAUGUCCACAUUGACACCACACGCCCACCGGCACCCGCCUCCAAGAAAAAGCGGGAUGUGGGAGAUUUAUAACACUAUGUACCAUCAAGUGCUGAAGAAUCUUACUCUCAAUAAAUCAAGGUGUUUUGACCCUCCUA